AUGAAGAGUGAGUUUCUAGGGAUACAAGUACCACUAGAUUUAGUGAAAGUAAUACAGGAAGAAAUAGAUCAAAUACAAAAGAAUGAUACAAAAGUUCACCAAUCUACUACUACCACUACAACAACAAAUGAAGAACUAAAAGAAGAAGAAGAAGGAGGAAAGAAGAAAAAGAAAAACAAUGCACGCACAGGAAGAGGCAAACUUAACAAGACUUUAAUUGUUGAACCUGGUUCUGUAUUGGCUGGUAUAAAUGACGAACAAGACUACAUCUAUGAUUAUGGUAAUGUUAUCACUGUAAAGGGUGUUGAUAUCUCUAAACCAUGGACUGAAGAAAAAUUGGGCAAAUAUCUAAAGGAUGCUGGGUUUGUUAAAGGUUCUGCCAAUACUGCAAGUAACAAGGCUGAAAUGACCCCUUUUUAUCUUCAAUUUUCAAACCGAGUAGUGUCAAUCAUUCUCAGUCAUCAAGGAAAGUUUGAUCAAUUCAAGAAUAUGACUCUAACUGGAAAUGGUUCGACCGACUUUAACAAUGCAUUCUCUUCCAUUGCCACUGAAGCAUUUGAAAGGAUGAGAACAAAUCUACCACCAUCUUAUGGCUUUAUCACAGCUUUACUUGUAGUCGGAGCCUAUCAAAUGGGUGUUUCUGGUUUUGGAAGAGGUUCUUUACCAAAUAUAGUCAAGCAUUCACUAGUCGAGAGAAACAAAGAGAUUCCACGUGACCUACCAGAGUUGUAUACAAAGUUAAACUAUACAUUUAAUAUCUACCAUUGUAUAGUAGAUCAACAAUACAAAGUUGUUUGGGAUAAGACCAAAAUGACAGAAUACUUGCAAAAGAAUGGUGUCAGACAAUUUAGAACCAAUAGAUAUCAACGUACCAAACACAUUAAUGAUAAUAUCAUAGAUCUCUGUAAAUUGGUAAUGAAUCUAAUCUUUAGAAAUACAAAGAGUAAAGAACCAGUGCCUAGAAUGGAUACAGUUGAAUCGGCAAUAGACAAGAUGGGUCGAUUAGCACAUCGACAUUGGAAUUCUAAAGAGCAAUGGAUUCACCAGAUGAUAUUGUAUGUGGUUCUCAUUAGCCUUAUCGCAUUCCAGGCAGGUAUACAAGACUACAUUUACACUCCUCUGAUCGAUGGUUGUGUUAAACGAGAAAUAUUGAAUAAUUUGGAGUAUCCAAGCUAUGACUUUGGUGAUGACCCUGAAAAGAUAUGUGAUUAUAUCUAUGCUAAACUAUAUGUAGAUGACUAA